AUGGUAGUGGUGUCACGCACGUCCAAGUCUGCGAAGAACAGGUACCUCUACCACAGCGGAAAACUUAACCGCCUCCCGUCGUCGGCGCUGGGCCUUUUCAGCGCAAUGCUAAGACUGCCUUUGAUUCGUUCCAUCAUACCUGGGGUAUUGUGCGAGCCGUUCGUGAAGCGAAGCGACGCUGCCCCCGAAUCUGUGGAUGCCUUUUUACGGCGCCGGUUUGGCGCGCCGCUGGCAGAGAAUCUUGCCUCGGCGAUGAUGCACGGGAUCUAUGCAGGCGAUUCGCGCACGCUUUGCGCAUCGUCGGUUUUGAAAUCUCUGGUAUUGCUCGAAAAGACACACGGGAGCGUUUUGCGCGGAAUGCUUCUUCGCCGACUCAAUCCCCGUUAUAUUCCUCCGUGUGAAACUGGACCAACAUUGCAUGAGAAACAGGCGGAAGUGGAAGAGCGAAUGGAUCCUGUAGUACUGGAUUGUAUUAAGCACGCGAGCAUCUACUCCUUUCCCAAUGGACUCGGCGAGAUUGUGCGCGUGUUGGAGGACCGGCUUACAGUCAUGCCAAACGUGGAAAUCUGGCGCAACGCGCCGUGCCAGCAAAUCACGAUGCAAGAUGGCAGGUUUGCGCUGCAGAUACCCUACAUGAAAAACCCUUUACUAGCGAACAGGCUUCUAUCUGCGAUCCCCUCGUACAACCUCGCACCUCUACUGCCGAACCUUCCGCAUCUUGACCACAACCCACCGGCCAAAAUGGCUGUGGUCGACGUAGUGCUUGCGCCGCCGAAUCCUACCGAUAAAUUGGAGUACAAGCUGCCUAUCGAUGGCUUUGGCUUUUUGGUGCCACGUAAUGCGACAAACAAUCAAGACGAGGUCCUUGGAGUCGUGCUGGAUAGCGACGCGGUACCGAACCAGGAUCAAGGCAAACGGCGCUUUAUAAAGCUCACCGUCAUGCUCGGCGGUCCGUACUGGAGCAAAAAAUCUUCAGACGCGCUGCCGAGCGAGGAGGAUGUUGAGCAACGUGCACUGCGAGCAUUAAACACACAACUAGGCAUUCCUUCUCAGAUCUUGGCUUCGCACGUGCGUUUGGUAAAUGCGAGGGUUCUUUGCGACACCAUUCCGCAAUACUUGGUUGGUCACUAUACUCGAAUGCAAGCGUUACACGACGCAAUGGUCAACGACCCUGCCCUAGCCAACAAGCUUACGCUGCUGGGCUACAGCUACGCAGGGGUAGGCAUCAAUGACUGCAUCACCAAUGCGUUGGACGCAUGCGACGCUAUUAUCGCGCAUGCGACGUCCGAUACGCAACCAGACGCGAGUGCAAGCCAAACCACGGGUCUUGCCGCGCUGAUAGGGUAA